CUCUCCCUCAUCCACUAUGGUUGCAACCAAGAACAAAGUCUGCCUCAUUGUCCACGAUGGCUGGGGAGUCGCGCCCGAGAAGGGCGGCAAGGGCGACGCCAUCUCCGCCGGCGACACCACCAACAUGGACACGAUCGCGAAGGACCACAGCUACCGCACCCUCGCCGCGCACGGUAUCGCGGUCGGCCUCAGCGAGGGCCUCAUGGGCAACUCCGAAGUCGGGCACUUGAACAUCGGCGCGGGACGCAUCGUGUGGCAGGACAUUGUGAAGAUCGACGUCGCGAUCAAGAAGAGGCAGUUCCACAAGAACGAGGUCAUCCUCGAGAGCUUUAAGAGGGCGAAGGACGGGAACGGCCGUCUCCACCUUCUCGGUCUCGUCUCAGACGGUGGCGUGCACUCGCACAUCCGACACCUGUACGCGCUGCUCGAGACCGCGAAGGAGGUCGGCCUCACAGACGUCUUCAUUCACUUCUUCGGUGAUGGCCGCGACACCGCGCCGCGCUCUGCUGCCGGCUACCUGAAGGACCUACUCGCCUUCAUCGAGAAGGAGAAGGUCGGCCAGGUCGCGACUGUCGUCGGUCGUUACUACGCGAUGGACCGUGACAAGCGCUGGGAGCGCGUAAAGAUCGCUGUCGACGGCCUCGUCAAGGGCGAGGGCGAGGCGAGCGAGGACCCCGUUAAGACCAUCGAGGAGUGCUACAAGAAGGACCUGACCGAUGAGUUCCUGAAGCCCAUCAUCGUUGGCGGCGAAAAGACGCGUAUCCAGGACGGCGACACCCUCUUCUUCUUCAACUACCGCUCUGACCGCAUGCGUGAGAUCGCCGCCGUAUUCGGCCUCCCCGACAAGCCUAUGGAAGUGGAGAUCCCGAAGGACCUGAACAUCACGACGAUGUCCCGCUACAACGCCGAGUUCCCCUUCCACGUCGCCUUCCCCCCGCAGGCCAUGACCAACGUACUCGCUGAAUGGCUCGCGAAGCAGGGCGUCAAGCAGGCGCACGUCGCCGAAACCGAGAAGUACGCGCACGUCACGUUCUUCUUCAACGGCGGCGUCGAGAAGCAGUUCGACAACGAGGAGCGGCACAUGAUCCCCUCGCCCAAGGUCGCGACGUACGACCUGCAGCCGAAGAUGAGCGUGCAGGGCGUCGCGGACCAGGUCGCCGCGCUCGUGCGCAAGGGCGAGCACGAGUUCAUCAUGUGCAACUUCGCGCCGCCGGACAUGGUCGGCCACACGGGCGUGUACGACGCCGCCGUCGAGGCGAUCUCGCACACGGACAAGGCGGUCGGCACCGUGUACAGGGCGUGCGAGGAGGCGGGGUACGUGCUGCUCGUGACCGCGGACCACGGGAACGCGGAGCAGAUGAUCAACCCGACGACGGGCGCGCCGCACACGGCGCACACGACGAACCCCGUGCCGUUCAUCAUGACGGGCGACUCGAAGACACUGAAGUUUGCCGAGGACAAGAAGGACGGUGAGGAGGAGGAGGGCGCGCUUGCUGACGUCGCUCCUACCGUGCUCGAUAUCCUGGGCCUGCCCCAGCCCGAAGAAAUGACCGGCCGAUCCCUGCUCGCCAAGGCUUAGACCGCGCGCAUAUAGACAAUGACUGAAAGAAGUGCACAUCCAUGUUGUAUGUUUACCUAGAAGCGCAAGGUACCGUAGCAAUAGAUCUCACGUUUUGUAUAACGCUAUCACACGCACAAGAGAAGUUCAAAAGCUACCCCAGCUGGGUAUCGUGCCCCUGCUGCUAGAGAUCGUAUACCCCUGUCCUUCGUGGCGUGCUCGGCGUAGGAAUAUCAACC